AUCAUGUCAGCAAACGAAAACUAUCAGGCCCUGAAAGCUCUGGUCCUUUCGAAGCCUCCGUACGUUAGCGGAACGUGCACCGUCUCCCCAGAGCAGCUCGUGCUGUUUUACAAAACUGCUGGCCAUGAUAACGCUGCUCGCUACGUUGAUUUGACCAAGCCAUCGCCGGAAGACGUCGAAGCACUUGCGGCUGCAUGCCAUCCCGCGAUGUUCGGCUGCAACGGCGAGGAUGUGCUCGACGAGACGUAUCGUCGCGCUGGCGUCUUACUUCCUGGCGACUUUGUCUCCGGCCUCAAUCCGGCUGAGGUCGGUUUGGGGCACGCAAUAUGUGGCGGACUCUUUGAGGGCAGCGAUGGUGCGCGUCAGGUUCGCAUGAAGCUCGAUAAGAUGAACGUUUAUGGGGAGGGUGCAUUUUUCAAAGCUCACAAGGACACUCCACGCGACACUGCCAUGUUCGGCUCACUUGUCAUUGUCCUACCUGCCCCUCACGUGGGCGGCGCGCUUGUCCUCCGUCAAGGAGACGACGAGUGGAAGGUCGACUUUGCCGAAGCGCUUCGUACUGUAGAGCAGCCGACUAUUGGCUACAUCGCUUUCUUCAGCGACGUCGAACACGAAGUUUUACCCGUUGAGAGUGGCAAGCGGAUCACUCUCACGUACAACCUCUGCUUCGACGAUAAAGACAACGACACUAGUCAGCUUGCUGCCCUUUCCCCGCACGAGGAUGAACUCAAGCAUGCCAUGCAAGCAGUUGUCGACGACCGCAGUAUUCUCCCUGAGGGCGGCUACCUCUGUUUCGGUCUUUGUCACCAGUACCCCGUCAAAGAAGGCACGAAGACGAGUACGUUUGACAACCGCCUCAAAGGCGCAGACGCAACCCUGAAGCGCGUCUGCGUAUCGCUCAGGCUCAACUGGCGUCUUGCCGUCUUCUACCGUUGCAAGAUGAUGUGGGGCUCUGGCGUACGAAGCGUCCUUGCUGACAGAUUCGUCAAGGACCUUGGAGAGUGCGGCGAGGAAACGCGAGACGUGUGGGAGGAGAUUCUGAGGCGGUCUCGGACGCACGGAGACUAUGUGAGGCUCCCUAGGGAUAAGUUGCCGAGAUACAUAGACGAGGAGGGCCGUAAGAGCAUCAAAACGAUACUACCGGUCUCGGAGAUUAAAGAGAAUAAGUUGACGACGCAGUAUAUGGUGUAUGGGAAUCAGGCGGAGCUAGACCAUGUGUAUGGCUGGAUGGCUCUGGUGAUCGAGGUGACAAGGGAAGGGCCGUCUGCUUCAGAGAGUGACAAACAGGCCGGUACAGAGUCCGCAGGGGGCCAGCGGGAUAUCGGUGAGGCAGGCAUGGAGCAGGCAUAG